AUGAAUGUACUUAAUCAAAUCAAAACGUGGAACGAUCCGAAUCGUAGUUUGCAGCAAUCGCCAGAUGAUUAUAAUAUUGAUCCGGAAGGUCAAUGUUUAUACAUUCGAUAUGAUAUUGAUACAUCACCAGCUCUUAUUAAAAGAUUCCUGUUCGAAUGCUGGCAAAUGAAGAAGCCAAAUGUGCUUAUUUCAUUAAUUGGCGGAGCAAAACUGUUCAAAUCCAAGGAUCGAAUCGAAAUUGAUUUUAUUAGUGGAAUUAUUCAAUUGGCAGCACAAGCUAAUGCUUGGAUUAUUACCAAUGGAGCCAAAUCAGGCAUUUGUGAACUAGUUGGUUAUGCCAUAGCUGAGCAUCGAUUGACAAACAAGAAAGAAAAUAUUACUGCUCUUGCUAUUGCUAAAUGGGGCGCCGUGAAACAGGAUACAUAUCAUCCAUUGCGCAAAUUGAUAUUAGAAGAAAACUUAAGUAUUAAUGAAGUUUUAGCUAAAUUAAUUGGUGACUACAUGGGACCCCUUGAUGAGGUUGACGAUAUUGAUUGUUUCUAUAUACCUAUGCGAAAUAAUCAGAUAGAAACAAUAUCAGUCAAUGAGCAACGAGAUCGAAUUUCUGUUGAUCCUGUGGAACGAACCAUUCGUGAUCUCUUCCUUUGGUCAGUGAUUAUGCUUCGCAAAGAAAUGUGUUUAGUCUUGAUUGGUCAUCUUAGUGCACGUAUAUGUGCUUCAUUGAUUGCCUCGAAAAUAUUUAAAAAAUGUGCUCAAAAGUAUGCUAAUACAAUUAAUAUCAAAACCCGUUUAUUAGGAGACGCAAAUUUAUUUGAAAAAUAUGCCAUGAAAAAGCUUGAAUCAUGCUACGAUUAUGAUCCAGUUAUGGCAUGUGGUCUUAUUAUUCGAGAAAUACACCUCUUCGGAAAUGUUACAUGCUUACAGCUUCAAGCCAUGGCCUUUUUCGUAUGUGUUCUAUUCAUUACUAUUGUUGCUUAUGGUGUGACAUCACGUGCAAUGGUCUAUUAUGGAACAUUUGAUUUUGAUGGGAGACAGAUUUUAAUGAAUGUGAUUUAUCCACAGUAUUUUUUUAUCUAUGGUUAUUUUGGUAAUGAAUUGACCAAUCUGGACGCUAUUAUUGCCAACAAUACUACAGCAAACGUACCUGCCACAAAUGGCACUGUAGCAAGUGCUAUUGCAACUUAUGUUCUUUUUGCAUUUCAUAUUCUUUUUGUCAAUAUUCUUCUGAUCAAUUUAUUAAUUGCCAUGUUUAAGUAA